CAUCAAGAUCACAUAGCCUUGCUUGCUGCCUCGUGAGCAGUUGGCGUGCUUACUACCAUUCACCAAUAGAUCAAUAAUGCGCUGUGUUGCGUUCGUUCGAAGAUAGAAAAGAUAAUACAUCUGUUGACAAGGCUUGUGGAGAACCUCGAAGAUGAUCAAUCUGUUUUGCCUCACAUAUUUGGCUAGGUAGCACCAUCGCAUGUUUGCAAGAUGGGUAACAGCUACUCCCUUACCACGCCGUACGCCGGCUCUGCUGGCAUCGACAUCCCAGAACUAGCCGACCUAGUACACGAGAGAUCGAUCGGAAGCGCCCGUUUCAUGAAAAGUAUCCGCGCCCGUCAUCACGAUGGAGUUGUUCUGGCAAAGGUCACCGUGAAGCCCUAUACCCCACUAUCGCUACGCGAAUAUGGCGAGAAGAUCCUACAGGAGAGAAAUAAACUAAGAGAUGUCCCCAACGCCUUGGGCUUCGAGCGCGCCUUUGAAACUGAUGGGAACGCUUACCUUGUGCGACAAUACAUAUACAGCUCCCUCUACGAUCGCAUGUCGACUCGACCGUUCCUCGAAGAUAUAGAGAAGAAAUGGUUGGCCUUCCAGCUGUUGUGCGCACUGCGAGAUUGCCACUCUCGGGACAUAUACCAUGGCGAUAUAAAGACGGAGAAUAUCAUGGUGACAUCUUGGAACUGGCUUUAUCUCACCGACUUUACUGGCUCCUUCAAGCCCACGAAGCUACCUGAUGAUAAUCCUAUGCUUUACUCAUACUUCUUCGAUCUGUCGGGUCGACGUACAUGUUACAUCGCGCCCGAGAGGUUCAUCGAACAUAUAGAGAACCCGCAAACACAACUUCAAGGGCACAAGCUCACGUGGUCGAUGGAUAUCUUCAGUGCUGGAUGCGUCAUUGCCGAACUUUUCUUGGAGACACCUAUUUUCAGCCUCAGCCAGAUGUUUAAGUACCGUCGUGGCGAGUAUGAUCCUGUGAUAUCGCAUCUUAGCAGAAUUCCAGAUCAGGGCCUAAGAGAGAUGUUGUCGAGUAUGAUUCAGCUUGAUCCCGAGAAACGGUAUUCGGCAGAGCAGUAUUUGGACUUUUACAAAACCAAAGUCUUCCCCGAGUACUUCUAUAGCUUCCUCCAUCAGUAUAUGGAACUCAUCACCGAUUCAAGUUCUGGAAGAACUCCUAUCACGGGAUCCAUGAGAAAUCUAGGUGAAGCAGAUGAGCGGAUAGAUCGAGUUUUCUACGACUUUGACAAGAUAUCGUAUUUCUUGGGUUAUCACGAUGGAAAAGAAUCAUCUCAGCUCGCUCACUUCACUCCUCGACUCGGCCUGGGUCUUUUCCCUGUACGACUAAAUAUACCCAAUAAUGAACAUUUCACGUCUGCGGGAAAGCAGCCUCCUACGGAUGACGGAACCCUAAUCUUCCUUACACUUGUCGCCUCGUCCCUUAGAAAUACCGCUCGAGCGGCGUCUAAAAUCAGGGCUUGUGACGUAUUGUUGGCUUUCUCGGAGAGGUUAUCCGACGAAGCAAAGCUAGACCGAGUUUUGCCGUACCUAAUGACUUUACUAAACGACGAUGUCGAUCUCGUUGCUAUUGCGGCUCUCAGGUCUGUAACUCAGCUUUUGGCUCUUGUAUCUGUGGUUACCCCGGUUAAUGCCCACGUGUUUCCCGAGUACAUUAUGCCAAGGAUGCAAGUCUUCUUGUCAGGCGCUUCUAGACAACCUAUCAUGGGAAAAGAGCGCAGAGAACCAAGUGCUCUGGUUCGAGCUACGUACGCGUCUUGUCUGGGAAGCCUUGCGACGACUGCUUCGAAAUUCCUAGAGUUGACAGCCAUUCUAAGAGCAGAAGGGGCUAUUAGCACGGCUGAUCCAGAGGUAGAAGCCGGAAGUGACCCCGAUGCCGCAUUUGACGGCCUGUUCGACAAUGCGCAGGGCGAACUCGUCGAAUUAUUCGAAGCACAUGCUAAAGCUCUAGUUGAAGACUCAGACGCUUCAGUACGGCGGGCUUUUCUCAGCUCCGUCCCGGAACUCUGCAUGUUUUUUGGCAGUGCAGAAUCCAAUGAUAUUAUUCUUACUCACCUGAAUACAUAUCUUAAUGACCGAGACUGGAUGCUGAAAUGCGCUUUCUUCGAUACCAUUGUCGGUAUUGCUGCUUUCCUAGGCAGCACAAGUCUGGAGGAAUUCAGUCUCCCCCUGAUGGUACAGGCCGUAACCGACCCGGAAGAGCAUGUCGUCCAAGCAGCAUUACACUCUUUAGCGGAGCUGGCAAAUCUAGGUCUCCUAUCCAAGGCAAAAAUUUGGGAGUUAAUCGACGUGGUUGGCCGCUUUACUAUGCAUCCAAACCUAUGGAUUCGCGAAUCUGCAGCAGAGUACAUAGCCAGUGCUGCGAAACUACUGUCUCCUGCGGAUAAAAGAUGUAUCGUCUACCCUCUUAUCAAGCCAUUCAUAAAACCACAUAUUAUCCCUGAUUUCACCGAGCUUAACUUACUGGACACAUUGAAGAAACCUCUAUCGAGAACUGUCUUCGAUCUAGCUUUAUCCUGGGCGCAGAAGACUGAUAGAGGCUUGUUCUGGAAAGCCGUCAGACAACAGAAGCAGUCGACUUUCACAAUUGCGUCUACGGCGUUAGCAAUCCGGUCGUCCCGGGAAGUGCAACCUCAGACCCUUAACAAAGUCCAGCGCAACGAUGAAGAUGAACAGUGGCUCGGCCGACUACGAAACAUGGGAAUGACAUCUGAAGACGAAUUCAAAUUGCUUGUUCUUAGAGAGUUCAUCUGGCGUCUGAGUCAGAUGAGAAAUAGGGACCUGAUCACACAGGAUAACAUUGCUACGUCCUUGAAUAACAUCAUUGCUCUGAGGGGUCUAAAUGUCCAGUUACAAACCAUCAUGUUUGAUGAGACUACUGCCAAAGAGGAACCACUGUGGCAAGAGCAGAUCGCAUCUGACUCGGAUAAAGGUCCAUACACUAUUGCUGAUGCUCUGAUGGACGCAUCAAUGACAAUAGACGAGCCGGUCGGAAAGAGGCGACGCGCUGCUAUGAACAACCAUCGCUCGCGUCUAAGUAGCCGAGGAGGGGCAAUCUCGCCAAGAACGAAGGAUAAUAGAGCUUUAUCGCCAGCUCAAACUCUGUCGUCGUCACCAGUUGACGGUGCAGGCUUCGAUCAAUCACGACGGACAUCAUCCGCGACACAUGGGCGGAUUUCCCUUGACGAUAAUGCCUCCGUUUCCGAUACUCCCUAUUCCACUAGGAGAGCUAUUCGGCAUCAAUCAAGUGCAUUGGAUCUUUUGAAUAGGAAGGAUAGCGGCAGAUCUGUCGCCGAGACGGGAACGACUGAGGCAAACGCAUUCGGUCAAGUUGAGGGCCCUUUUGCACAGAACCCUCCACCCCAAAUUACCAUUCCGGAUAUUGUCACGGAGGAUGGAAAUCCUAGCAACCGACCGCGUGCUACACAUACAUAUGAGGGCAAUGAUCCUAGCAUUCUAAAAAUGCUCGACAAUAUGUAUUUCGAUAAUUAUCCUCAUGACAUAGCUCUAUUCGGACCACUUGUCCAGCCGAUUACGCGGAGAAAGGCUAGCAAAGCGGCUGGGCAGACGGGUGAAGAAGCGUGGAAGCCGCACGGCAGUCUUGUUGCUACGUUUGCGGAACAUACGGGUGCAAUCAAUCGUGUUCUACCAUCGCCGGAUCAUCUAUUUUUUAUUACAGGCAGCGAUGACGGCACAGUGAAAGUGUGGGAUUCAUCACGACUCGAACGCAAUGUCACGCAUCGUUCACGACAGACCUACAAACACGAAUCAGGUGCGAAAGUUACCGCUCUCUGUUUUGUAGAGAAUACCCAUACCUUUAUUAGUUGUGCUACCGACGGUACCGUCAACGCCGUCAAAGUUGAUACCGCAGCGACGAGCGGCGCGACUAAGUAUAUCCGUUUACGACCUGUCCGAGAGUAUCAACUUCCGCCAGACGAGUAUGCCGUAUGGUGUGAGCAUUUUAAGCAAGAGCUCAACUCCGUACUCGUCUUGGCGACUAACCGGUCUCGAGUUGUAGGUGUUGACCUUCGUACGAGGUCGCUCCUCUACUCUCUUGAAAAUCCGGUCCAUCACGGAACACCGACGUGUUUUUGUAUUGAUCGAAAGCGUAACUGGCUAUUGCUUGGCACAUCGCAUGGAGUAUUGGAUCUUUGGGACCUUCGAUUCAAAAUGCGAGUUAAGAGCUGGGGCUUACCCGGCAAGUCAGCCAUCUAUCGCCUCAGCCUCCAUCCCGCCAAGGGACGCGGGAAAUGGGUAUGUGUGGCAGGCGGUACUGGCCUUGGAGAAGUCACCGUCUGGGACCUGGAGAAGACCCAAUGCAGGGAGAUCUAUCGUGUGGGUGGAUCUAAGGAGGGGCCAAAGGAAUAUAAAGCAUGGGACGUUGAUGAGGACAAACCCGAGGGCAUGCUCGGCCGCUUCGCGACUAAUAUCGAACCUACGGCCAGCGGCAGUUCGGAUCGAGGCGUCCGAGCUAUGGUCGUCGGUUCGGGUGCUAUGGAAGAACAGCGUGAUGUGCGGUAUGGGUACAUCCUGACGGGUGGUUCGGACAAGAAAUUGCGCUUCUGGGAUCUGAUCCGCAUUGAGAAUUCGUGCGUGUUCAGUGGACUCCAAGGAGAGGACGCUAGGCCCGCCUUUUCUGUAGUCAACACACCAAACCAACCCGGCCUAACCCUCAACGUUGAGAGAACAUCUAAAGGCAGUGCAGCGGGUUCGGACCAGAAGAACACCAAGGGCGGCAAGACUACGAGCAGCAGAGAGAAGCCUCCUAGGCAUACGGUCAUCUCGGCAGAGCAGGGACAGCUGCUUAGAAGCCACCUGGAUUCGAUCCUAGACGUGGCGGUCCUGGAGAUGCCGUACACGAUGACGGUUAGCGUGGACCGGUCAGGCGUCAUAUUUGUGUUCCAAUAGGGAAUAGAUGAGUACUAGACGAUAGAAAGAAUGAGGGAUACUGCACGACUUGGCGUUUUUCUUUUGACUGGGUGUUUAGUUUAGUUACGUACACAAUAGGCAAAUAGGAUACCAUGGCUAGGACGAGGCGUUGUCAAGGGUUAGAAGGUUCGCUCAUGGAUUGAAUGACGUUGUUCGGAGUAGUAUCGUUAUGUAGAGGUUCUAAUUCAAUGUCUUGUACACUUAUGUUCGAAGAUUGUCUAAGAUUCUCUGUAUU